GAGUACCACUACGAGUACACGGCGUGCGACAGCACGGGCUCGCGGUGGAGGGUGGCCGUGCCGCACACCCCGGGACUCUGCACCGGCCUGCCGGACCCCGUCAAGGGCACCGAGUGCUCUUUCUCCUGCAAGGCGGGCGAGUUCCUGGACAUGAAGGCGCAGGCGUGCAAGCCCUGCGCGGAGGGCACCUACUCGCUGGGCACCGGCGUCCGCUUCGACGAGUGGGACGAGGUGCCCCACGGCUUCGCCAACGUCGCCACCAACCUGGAGGUCGACGACGGCUUUGGCGACGCGGUGGAGAACUGCACCGCCCGGAGCCCCCUCCCGCUGCCAGGGGUGGCUUAUACCUCCGAGUGCUUCCCCUGCAAACCCGGCACCUUCGCCCCCGCCGCCGGCUCCUCCGCCUGCCAGCUCUGCCCCGCCGACACCUUCUCCAGCAAAGGGGCCACCGCUUGCCAGCCCUGCGAGCCCACCGCCUACGCCGAGCCCGGCUCAGCAUCCUGCAAACCGCGGCCGCCCUGCACUGACAAGGAUUACUUCUACACCCACACCGCCUGCGACGCCCGCGGGGAGACCCAGCUGAUGUUCAAGUGGGCAGAGCCGAAAAUCUGCAGCGAGGAGCUUCCCCAGGCGGCCAAGCUGCCCCCGUCCGGGGUGAAAACCAAGUGCCCCCCCUGCAACCCCGGCUUCGCCAAAAGCAAUGGCAGCGCCUGCCAGCCCUGUCCCUACGGCUCCUACUCCAACGGCUCUGGCUGCCUCAGCUGCCCAGCGGGCACCGAGCCGGCGCUGGGGUUGGAGUACAAGUGGUGGAACGUGUUGCCCCCCAACAUGGAGACCACCGUCCUCAGCGGCAUCAACUUCGAGUACAAGGGGAUGGCAGGCUGGGGGGUGGCCGGGGACUACAUCUACACGACGGCAGGAGCCUCCGAUAACGACUUCAUGAUCCUCACGCUGGUGGUCCCCGGCUUCAGCCCCCCGAGCCCAGUGCUGGAGGACGCGGAGAGCAAAGAGGUGGCCAGGAUCACCUUCGUCUUCGAGACGGUCUGCAGCGUCAGCUGCGAGCUCUACUUCAUGGUGGGGGUGGGGGGCGGCGGGGGGGCCCCCCCCGGGGCCGCGGGUGCCGGCGGGCGCAGGCGGGCAAUGGUGACGGGUGCUCUCGGUGAGGGCCGGCGGUACACCAGCGACGUGGCCAAGCUCUACUCCAUCAACGUCACCAACGUGCUGGGAGGGGUGGCAUCCUUCUGCCGGCGCUGCGCCCCCGAGCCGGCCGGAUCCUGCGCCCCGUGUCCCCCCGGGAACGCCGUGGACCGCGGUUCGGGCGCUUGCCGGCCCUGCCCGCCCGGCACCUACCUGCGGGGUCACCCCUCUGACGGGACCCCCGCCUGCCACCCCUGCGGCCCCGGCACCCGCAGCAACCAGCUCCGCUCCCUCUGCUACAACAACUGCAGCUUCUCCCUGGCGCUGCCGGGCCGCAUCCUGCGCUACGACUUCUCGGCGCUGGCCGCCGGCACGGCCUUCACCAGCGGCCCCAGCUUCACCGCCAAGGGCCUCAAGUACUUCCACCACUUCAACAUCAGCCUCUGCGGCAACCAGGGCAGGAAGAUGGCCUCCUGCACCGACAACGUGACGGACGCGCGGCUGCCGGCGGGCGAGGGGGACCCUGCCCGGGUGGUGACGUCAUACGUCUGCCAGUCCAUCCUGGUGCCCCCUGACGUCAUGGGCUACAAGACGGCCGUGUCCUCGCAGCCCGUCAGCCUGGCCGACCGCGUCGUGGGCGCCCCCGCCGGCUCCACGCUGGACGGCAUCACGUCCCCACCCGAGCACUUCCCGGCCGGCCACCCCGACCUGCCCGACAUCGUCUUCUUCUACAGGGGCACCUGCGACGGCUGCACCUUCCACUUUCUCUGGGUGACGGGCGAGGGUUGUCCCCUCUGCUCCGCCGACCACUAUCGCCCCAUCGUCGGCGCCUGCCUCGGCGGCAUCCAGCGAACCACCUACGUCUGGCGGGAGCCCCGGCUGUGCCGCGGCGGGCAGAGUGUGCCGGCGCAGAAGGUGAGGGCCUGCAGGAGCGUGGAUUUUUGGCUGAAGGUGGGGAUCUCCGCCGGCACCUGCGCCGCCAUCUUGCUCGCCGCCCUCGCCGCCUACUUUUGGAAGAAGAACCAAAAGCUGGAGUAUAAAUACUCCAAGCUGGUGAUGAACGCGGUGGCCAAGGAGAGCGAGCUGCCGGCGCCGGAUAGCUGUGCCAUCAUGGAGGGGGAGGACGCCGAGGACGACCUGGUCUUUGCCAGCAAGAAAUCGCUUUUUGGCAAAAUCAAGUCCCUCACGUCCAAGGCGGUGCCGGGGGCUCCGCGACUCCCGGCCGCGCACUAA